CUUUCACUUUCUCUUUAUUCGAAACGGCAGCUUUUAGCGGCAGCGCAGAGACGCGCGGGGACGCGCGGGGCGCACCGGUCCACGGGGGCGGUGGAUGCUUUCACUUUCACCCAUGUGGACUGAAGGAAAACCGGAAAUCCCCGCGUUGUGUCCGCAGUGUGAGGAGUGUCCGCAGUGACAUGGGUCUGCUCACCAUUCUGAAGAAACUCAAGCAGAAGGAGCGGGAGAUGAGGCUGCUCAUGUUGGGCCUGGAUAACGCGGGAAAGACCACAAUCCUCAAGAAGUUCAAUGGAGAAGAUGUCAGCACCAUCUCCCCAACACUAGGCUUCAACAUCAAAACACUAGAGCACCGUGGGUAUAAGCUGAACAUGUGGGAUGUGGGCGGUCAGAAGUCGCUGCGCUCUUACUGGAGGAACUAUUUUGAGAGCACGGACGGGCUGGUGUGGGUAGUGGACAGCGCCGACCGCCUCAGACUGGACGACUGCAGGCAGGAGCUGAGCGCACUGCUGCUGGAGGAGAGGUUAGCUGGAGCCACGUUACUUGUAUUUGCAAACAAGCAGGACCUCCCUGGAGCGCUGUCCAAAGAGGCUAUUCAAGAGGCCCUGGCACUGGAUGACAUCAAGAGCCAUCACUGGUGCAUUCUGGGCUGCAGCGCGGUCACUGGGGAAAACCUACUGACUGGAGUGGACUGGCUGCUGGACGAUAUCGCAGCCCGGAUCUUCACUGCAGACUGAGAGGGGCUGAGAUGUGGGCAAGGGAUUGGUCCUGGUCUUCACACCAACAGGAACUCGAGGCUCUUAUGGACACAGUACUUACUACAUAGGCACUCAUUUGGACUUUUUUAAAAUAAACGAUUCCACAAAUAUG